AUGGGCAUCAGGAAAACAUCUAACAGCGCCGAUCAGUCUCGCAUGGAGACUGAGGCCGAUAGGAAGAAAAUGAUCCAGAAGAGCCUGUUUCUCCUGGAAGCCGAAAAGGGCGAGUCAACCGAUGGCGAGUCAUCCGAUGGCGAGUCAUCCGAUGGCGAGGGUGGUGAGGAUGAUGGCGGCUUUGAAAAGGGCAUUGACCUCGGCGAUGACGAUACGGAUGAAGAGAGCAGCGACGAUGGCAACGAGUAUGAGGAGGAUUCGGUGGUGGAGCUUGUUUUCGAGGAGGAGAGUAAGCCGUCGGUCGAUGAGGAGCCUCUGCGUGCUAUGAAGAUGAUCAAAUAUGGAGGACCUGAAAUCUCUCAGAAAGCAAUUGAGUACCAAGUCCCUCGAAAAGAGAUCGAGUACGAAGCUCCUAGGAAAGCGAUCGAAUAUGAAGUCUCUAGGAAAGCGGUCGAUUACAAAGUUCCUAGGAAAGCCAUCGAGUAUGUCGUUUCUGAGCGUUCGAGCGACGGUUCCGAGGUGAAGCAGGUAUACCAUCACCAGAGCUACAAGGAGUACGCCGGUUAUUUGGGCGAGAAGGGGGACGACGAUUCUGACAGCGAGAAGGAAUACCAUGGGUACCCGAGCGAGGAGGACGAUGGUACGGACUCUGAGUAG